AUGAGAAAUUCUUCAAGAGGAGAGAGCGUUGAAGAUUUUCUCAAACAUGAUAAUCCACAGAUUGCUUCAUUACUUAGAUGUGAUGAUGUUCAAGCUGCUUGGCGUUCAAAAAAUAGACAAUUAGUAAAUAUCUUUUCCAAAACUGAAAAUAUUCACAAGAUAAUCGACGUUUUACAUACAUCAAAAGAUUUUCAAACUGAUAGACAUAUUCUUGGUAUAUGCAUUUCUCCAAAUACUAUGAUAUUAAGAGCGAUUAUUGAUGAAGUUGACCUUGCAGAACAUCUUGUUGAAAUUUUAGAGAAACCGAAGUCAGUACACAGAUAUGUUAUUGGUAUUGUCAUGCAAAUUUUACUUAAAGCGUUUGAUACGUGGCCAGAUGACGUUUUAUAUUGCUUACAAAGUUCUAGAAAGAUUUAUCCUAAAAUUGUAGCAUCAUUACAAUUUCCAGCUGUAUUUCAUUUCUCAUCACGUAUUAUUCCUCGCUCAAAUGAUGUCGUUACUUUUGCAUGGGUUACAUUUGCAGCUUUAAUGGAUGCUCAUGGAACCGGACCUAAAAUACCAAGCGAUGUCAACAAAGAUGUCACUAAUAAUGCUGUCAUUCCUAAGCUGAAUCCUUUACAAAGACAAAAAGCAAUCGAAAUUUUGUGCAUUUACUUCAACGAAUACGGUAACAGAUCAGAACUUUUUACAAUUGUUAGUCAAGCCAUACCAUUAAUGCUACAAGAUGCUUCAGAUGACCAAGAGAGAGCUUUAGUUAUCAGAUUAGGUUUAAAUCUUGAGCCAAAUGAAGCUUUAGGAUAUUCUGUGCUUAGUGUUGUUAACUGUUUUAAGUCAACAGAUAUUCUAUUACAGUAUUCUUUGCUUUAUAUCGCUGCAUGGAAUGUUAUGAUUGGAAAUAAGUCAAUUGAGUUUUUUGUUUACAGAUUACUAAAGCGCCCUGCAAAUAACUUUGUUCUCAUUGCUUGUGCUGCUAUGAUUCGUAAAGUUCUUGAAGUUGAUCCAAGAAAUAAAGAUUUAUCUGAAGGUAUAAAGCAAAUUGUUGACCAUGCAUAUGCAAAUAACCCUUAUAUGAAAUCAAAUAUGAUGAUGACAUUCAGAAUUGAGCUUCUUCAUGCAGCACAAGGUUUAGAUAUGGAACCAGAGUCAACAUAUUGUGCUAAGCAGCUCAAAAAUGCCAAUAAAACACAGGUUGUGAAAUUUAAUCAGUCGCUUAUUGAUGAUUUUGUGAUGACUGACAAAAAAAUUAUCGAAAAUAAUGAAAUUUACCAUCCGGAAUUCAAUGUUAAGCAACUUUGGAAGACUCCAGACCUCAUAAACAAGAUGUCUUCUAUAUUCAAGACCAUUACAAGGCUUCCUCAUUUAGAUCCAUCAAAUUCCAUUUCCAGACCACUUCCAUCUCCUUCUCCAAAGAAGCCAGCAAAGCGCCAGAGCUUUGCACCGAAGUCCAAGGAAGCUCCAAUCAGGAUGCCGAAGAAGCAGAGCCAUUCUGACGAUGAAGAUCUGAAAUUCAAAGACGAUGAAGACAUCGAUGACGAUGAUAAAGAACCGCAUACAUUAGAUCCACCUCCUUUAAUGCCAUUACUCAUACAAGAUGGCUUAAGACCACCUUCCCUGAUGAUUGCUUCCGAUGACGAUGACAGCGAGGAAGAAGAAGACUUCGAUUUCGAACUUCCUGAAGUAGAAGUCUCCGAGAGUUUCGCUCAGUAUCAGAGCCGUCUUCCUGUAGAACCUCCUAUAACAGAAGACGAAGCAAACUCCGAGAAAUUGCCAACAGAAACUCUCGCGAAAGGACAGAAACCAAUUCCAAAAAUCAAUCCGGAAUCACCGCGAUCAAACAAAGCGAUGUUUCUCAAUGACAGAUUGUUCAAUGAAGAAAGGCCAUCACCAAGGAUUAGUAGACGUCCUGCUCCUAUCAUUAUACCUCAUAAACAGCUCAUUCUUGAAGAUGACGAAGAGGAUGAAGAAGAUUACGAAUACGAGUACGAAUAUGUCGAUGAACAAGAAUUCGAACAACAACAGAAAAAAGUACAAGAAAAAGUUGCAAACCUUCCUGUUAUUGUUGCAAAUCCAUCGACAAAGCUAUCUAAUACUAAAUUGUCUAUAAGUACACCUCAGUUGCAGAUAGAUAAUGAUAUGCCAAAGCCAGUACAAGUUUCUCAAUCUCCGCCUGUUUCCUUGGAAGGAUUUCCAAAACCACAAAUUGAUUUUGUCACACAGAUACAGACAAAUAAUGACAAAUCACGCGAUUUCUUGUUGCAAUUGGACUUGAAUCAGAUAGAUGCAGCACCAGAGAAGAAUAAAGUUGUUAUGCAUAGAAGAGUUCUUGUUAUAGAAGUUCCUGAAAAACAACCUCCAAAACUAUUUUUGGCACCAACACUUUCAGUUGAAAGACCAGAAAUUCCACUUCCUUUGUUGCCAAAGAAAGUUGUUGUUGCAGAAAAUCCUCGCAUAUUCUUCAAUUAUAAUGAUGAAUAUAGUGAAGAGGAAGAGGAAGAAGAAGAUAACCAUGAAGAAUUUGUUGAAGAAGUCAUUUCUUUUGUUCGGAAAUAA